AACAUGGCUGCAAAAAAUGUCCAGAUUUUAGUAAACAGAUAUUUCGAUAUAUUUCGGCGAAGUUUAUGGGUAAAAAGCUCUCAAAAUCGAUGUUUUACUAGGUUUAUAUCAACGCCUAGUUUCUCAGUUGCGACUGCACGAGAACAAAAGCAAUUUAAUGACGAAAUUUAUCCUGAUCUUACACAGAAUUCAAGCAUUCCUUUAGAGACCUUUGUCAAUCGUAACCCUAAGAAUCCCGAGUAUUUUGGAUAUAACAAGCAGCGCGGUUAUUCUACGCAAUAUAAAAAGAGGAAUUUCUUCAAAAGGUUGAAUCUAGUUUUGAGUAAUCGACACGUGAAAGCUUAUGUUGAAGACCAAAAUGGAGACGUCCUUGUCAAAGCCUCAACAGAAGAGUUUGAUGUUCGGAGACACUUGUACAAAGCAAAUGACGUAUCAGCUGCGGCAAAUAUAGGGCGAGUUCUAGCUGAGAGAUGUCUACGAGCUGGACUGAAUCAAGUGUCCAUGUAUACUACAGAUAUACGCAAGAAGGAAAAGUACAAGGAGUUCAGAAAAGCUAUGACCGCUGGAGGCAUUAAACUUACAGAACCAGCAAGAGUUGUACCACUACAGACUUUUUACACUGGCAUUUCAGUGAGGAAGAAACGUAAGGGUAUUAUUGGAAUGAAAAUAAACAAUUCCACGAAAAGAAAAUUUACAUAGAGAGCUGCUAAUGAAC